CGCUUUUCUAUGUGGGGCGUUUUGUGACGUUGCGCCUACCCUAGGAAUGGACUGCCUGCCUCUUCACAACCAGGCACCACCGACUGACUGUUCAACGAGGAACAUAGCACAACAUUUGACAGCUACGGGUGUUUCUAUUUAGCUUAAAUUUAGCUAUAUAUGAUUUGCUUUUUUGAGCCUCAGACUAGUUUAUAUUCUGCUUCGUUUAUUUGUGUAAUAUCACGAGGUAACUAGCCAGCUAUUUUAUUUGUUAGGAAGAAGCGGCUAUCAACUUCAGCGAAUCCGGAGACAUUUUGUUAUUUUUGAGAAUCAAGCUUUUUUUAUUCUGAUGCUUCGUGGUGUGUUAGCAGGGUUUUUUGACACAGCGCUAGCAUAGAUUUAGCUCUCUGUCAUUGGCUUUAUAGCCCACUAAGUGAGCCUCGAUCGACUAAAUCAGAGUUAACGUUAGCUAUUACUGUCAUUCGGAUUUAAAUUACCUAACAUGCAUAGCUAGCUGAAAGCUAGCAACAGUAAUGAAUCGUUUUGAGCGACGACAUCCUUUGAAGAAUUAGCUAGCACGGGCCAUUUGUGUGUUUGACGUUCGCAGUUCAUCAACAAAGUGCUUGCAACGGGAUUCGAGCAGGUAGUUAGCUGACUAACAUUGCAUCUAUGUUUAAUUGUUUAACGUCACUUGGACAAGACAUUCUUAACUAAUCUUAAUCGACCAAAAUCAGAGCGCCGCUUUCCCCGUCUGCAUGAGACGAGAGCUAACAGUACAAGUAGCUUUUUAGCAAUCUGGCCAGCUCGUGUGUUUUUUGAUUUGGGUAGGUUGCGUUUUUGCUAGCUAGCUGCGGACAAAGAGGACCGUCACAAGCCAGCGUUCAAGGGCCUGACUCAUUCAUCGUAUUUGGAAAGGAAAACAAUAAACAAGGAAUUGACAUGAUGUUUCCACAAUCCAGACAUUCAGCUUCAUCGCAGCAGCUGAAAUUCACGACCUCCGACUCGUGUGACCGGAUCAAGGAUGAGUUCCAGUUUCUCCAAGCACAGUACCAUAGUCUGAAGCUGGAGUGUGACAAGCUGGCCAGCGAGAAGUCAGAGAUGCAGCGCCAUUAUAUCAUGUACUAUGAGAUGUCCUACGGGCUGAACAUAGAGAUGCAUAAGCAGGCAGAGAUUGUGAAGAGAUUGAACGGGAUAUGCGCUCAAGUCCUCCCCUACCUGUCCCAGGAGCACCAGCAGCAGGUCCUGGGGGCCAUCGAGCGGGCCAAGCAGGUCACCCCUCCAGAGAUGAACUCCAUCAUCAGGCAGCUCCAGGCUCACCAGCUGUCUCAGCUCCAGGGUCUGGCCCUGCCCAUGACCCCCCUGCCCCUGGGCUUGAGCCAGCCCAGCCUGCCGGCCGUCACCUCCUCCUCCGGGCUCUUCUCCCUCUCCUCCAUCCUGGCAUCCCAGGCCCAGCUGGCCAAGGAGGAAAAGGCGUCCCGCGAGGGGGCCGACAGCCACCGCGAGGAGGAUGGGGACAAGUCCGACUAGCGCUCCCCUCUCUCCCUGCCCUCCUCUCCUCCCUCCCUCCCAGCGCUCAGUCUGCCCCCCCCCCCCCCCCCCCCCAUCAGAACCUCCAGAUUGGGCAGCAUGGAACAGCUGGGGUUACUGGACUCCUGUUCUCUCCCGCUCACCCCUCUCAAGCUCCCUGAAGUUCACCGGCGCUUGGUUUACACUUUUCUUUGGUUCUCUCUCUCUUUUUUUUCGGUCUUUAAAUCUUUCGCUCUGUUUUUCUCUCUUUUUCUUCUCUCUCUGUUUCUCCCUCUCCCCUUCUCUCUCUCUUUUUCUCUCCCUAUCCAAUGCUGUUGCCAUCAUUUCACAUACUCAGAAUUGUGUACAGUGUUGAUUCUUUUUAAUAUAACAAUCUUUUUUUUUUUCUUGAAAUAAUUCAUUUGUGUAUGUGAUUGUUUCUGUCUGUCAGUAAGCUUUUUGAUAUUUGGGUUUUAUUUUCUUAUGAUGGACCUCUUUCUCUCUCUCUCUCUCUCUCUCGCUCUCUCGCUCUCUCGCUCUCUCGCUCUCUCUCUCACAGGCUCGCUCUCUCUCUCUCUCUCUCACAGGCUCGCUCUCUCUCUCUCUCUGUCUCUCUCUCUCUCACAGGCUCGCUCUCCCUUUUUCUCACGCUCUUAUAGGGUCAGUCUAUGAGUAUGAAUGUCACAUAGCUUGAGUGGGUUAAUUAACUAAACAAUGUUAUCAACAGUCUUAUAGGGGCUAAGAAACCCGGCAGUUGAUUUAUUGCACAAAAUUAGCUCGCAAGCCCGUAGGUUAAUGAGAGCUUGACAUUUGUGUCCGAUUUCGCAUGAGAGCAUUACAUUUCUUAGCAGCUACUAGCAGACAAGCUGCUGGUAGAUUUUGGUGGUAGGUCUUAAAUCCUCUGUCUGGUUUUUGGGUUAAAUAAAGUUGUGUGGUUUGGCUCACACAGCUUGAAUGAGACUACAUGCAUUUCCUCCUCCCCCCCCCCCCCCCUUUGUUCUUUUGAAAAUGUAAACUGUUUCCAAAGGACGUUCCCAACGUUUAUGCUAGGUAGCCAAGACCGCCACCGCUGUGUUGAGACCCUCUCAGCCCUAGAGAGAGAAACAGCCCCCUUCAGAUACGAUGUGAAGCUGCGCUCUUACGUAGCAACGCGCUAGCGCUGGCUUUUGACCCGGCGAGAAAAGCAGGGUCAUUUUCUUGGAAGAAGACGUCUAGAUAUCGAGAGAUAAUAGAAAUCGAAGUUUCUAAAGGCGAAAACGAGAAGAAAUCCCCUUUUCUUGCCGUCGCUUCGAAGCCGUUUCUCUCCCAGAUUUUGCUAUCAGUCCACAAAACAAAUUCACCUCCCUCCCCUCCAUAGCUCCUUGAUCCUUAUCCAUCCUGCUGAGGUACUGAGCUUUGCAGCACCUCACCUGAAAGGCCCACCGUCCCCCCCCCCAUCUAAACGUAGAGAUAACACGGGGGGUGGUGUCCUCUCUCCUCUGGAAAGUGCCCUCAUAUCACGCUCUGCAUCUGGCCAGGGGGAGGAAGGAGGGGCAGGGGGCGCAGUUCCCCCUGUCGACCAGUAGAGGGCGAGGAGUGUGUUUCAGAGAGCGGCUCUGUGUCGUCGUCUGAGUCAUGUUGCCGAGCGCGAGGCGUCCCGGCUAUUUUAGGAAGCAAGCUGUCUGCUGUAGGUCAGAGGAGAGGAAGACUGAAUGCCCGAUGUAGAAAACUCGCCCCAAAUCUUCAUCAUUUGGCCGAGCAGGAUUUUAUUUUGUGUGUGUAUGUGUACGUGUAGAAUAUGUACACAAACGCUCUCCUCUAUUUGGUGUGGUUACUGUCCACCGCCAAAUGAUUUUAUUCCUGUAAAUUGAAGCACAAAUGGCCUCCUGUGUCUGUAAAAUAACAGGAUGACAUUGCCCCUCCACCCCCCCCCCUCCCCUGUGGAGCUGGGGGAGAUGGGGGAGAUGGUCUGCCUGCCCGUAAGACGAUGGCUCUGUGAGAUUCAAACAGAACGACCCCUUAGGCCAGAACGGACAGGUAGAUGUGAUAUGGAAACUGUGGGUGGUGAUGAUGAUAAUGAUGACUAUGGUGAUGGUAGAAGUGUUUGGUGGCUCGUGGUUAAAGACUGUGAUUGUUGGUGUGAGUCUGGGAGGAGGAAAGGGAUUGGUGUGUUAAGUAUCAUUUAAUUUUUUUCGGCCGACCGUUGAUUUCGUGACGCCCUGUGAAUACAGCAUGUGAUGAUAGCCGUUUCCCAUGACGACCCCCCCCCCCCCCAAACACAUGUUAUAGCCAACAUUCUUCUCUACGUGUUUGCUGGUAUACACUGUGAGGGUGUGUAGAACUGAAACUGUCUAGAAGGUGAACGCUGGACGAGUCGUCUGCGGCCAGCGCGCAAUGAGUCUGAACAGCGCGGUCGCCGGGGGUUACGGCCCGCUGGUCGUCCUCCAGUCUGACCCGCUACCGGGGAACCGGGCCGGGUAGACGGCUGUUUCCAUGGUGACAGUAGAGACUGGGGCGGCUAGUCAGUGGGAGGGGGGGACUCUUCGUUCUGUUAGCAGAGAACAUUUUUUGAAAAGUUUGGUCCGACAUUUUCUGUGAUCGAUGCACUUGUUUUUUUUGUUGUUUUUUUUAUAUAUAUAUUACCGCUAUGAAAUAGAAUGAGAGUUAGGCCGUUUAAAGAUUCAGAUCCAGAUGAUUUCUACGUGUUUGUUUUGGUAGUGGAGGGCCAGUCUGUGUAAACAGUUCUACAUAUAAAGCUUUUAUGUGUAAAUUGCUGCAUCUUCUGUUUCAGUCCUGGGUGGUUUUUGUGCUCUUGUCCUACAGUACUUAUGACACACCAGAGGAACUGCAGUACGUCAACUAUUAUCCCCCCCCAAUCCCUCCCCUCCUCUGACCCCCCCUCCCUCCCCUCCUGUAAGCCCUGCCCCCUCCUCUAAGCCCCGCCCCCUACCCCCAUCCUAAUGCUUGUCCUUCUUGCCAUGAUCCUAGCGUGAAGCAUUGUAAGCAUUUUGAGCUUUGUAAAGGUCUUUUUUUAAAUACUUAUUUUGUGUAUAAUGUAAAACCUAAAGUGUGUACUUUGGCAAAAAAAAAAAAAAAAAAUGUUUUGUGUCAUGAAAUCAUAGCUUCAUUUAAACAAAAAGGUGAAAUAUAAAAA